UCAGAGAUGUCUGAAUGAAACCGAGAACUGAGUGAUUAUGAGAAAUUUAACUGUGUAGGAGAAAGAGGACAAAAAUACAUGCAUAAGCAAUACAUCAAAUGUUCAGCUUGAUACACACAGAAAAAGCAAAUGUCUGCAUUUGCCAGUAAAUGGACUGAGUCUUAAUACCAUCACAUCUACAGUCAUUGCUGUAUUUAACUCUAAGUCUAAACUUACAGGCCCCUGUUGGCAUCUUGUGAAAAGUUCAACUUAGUACCUUACUAAAAUGGUAUUAAACCAUCAUGAAAAAAGAAGACAAGUACAUCUAAGUAAAAACAAGCAUACACAUGCCUGCGUAACUUUAAAAAAAAGUGAUGAAUAGUGAUGAAAAAACAUCAGUAAGGAUGUGCACAGAGAGGAAAGUGAGGGAUUGCUAUUAGGUUCAUUACUCUUGACACAACAAUGCAUAUGUUGUACUUAUUCAACUGGGGCAUGGCAAGCCAGACAGAAAGGGGAAUGACCGCUCUAUCACAUGCUGAUGAUUUGAUGAGUAUUGUGUAAUGCAUAUUUGUUUGCGUAGAGGUUUUUAAGAAAAGCAGUGGCUUUAGCAGUUAUGCUGUGCAGUGAAGCAAUGCAAAUUUUCCCUCUUUCAGAUAAUACUCUCAGCGUUUUGGCAAAGCACAAUGGAUUCAGUCGGCAGAAACAAGAGGUAUACCUACUGCCAAUCAUAAUAAGCGAUAGUGGAAAUCCUCCCAUGAGCAGUACUAGCACUCUUACUAUUAGAGUCUGCGGUUGCAGCAGUGAUGGUAUUGUCCAGUCCUGUAAUGUUGAAGCAUAUGUACUUCCUAUUGGACUCAGCAUGGGAGCCCUAAUUGCAAUAUUAGCAUGCAUCAUUUUGCUACUAGUCAUUGUAGUGCUGUUUGUAACACUAAGAAGACAUAAGAAUGAGCCUUUAAUCAUCAAAGAUGAUGAAGAUGUGAGAGAAAAUAUUAUUCGCUAUGAUGAUGAAGGAGGUGGAGAAGAAGAUACAGAAGCUUUUGACAUUGCAACGUUGCAAAAUCCAGAUGGAAUUAAUGGAUUUUUGCCUCGUAAGGAUAUUAAACCUGAUCUUCAAUUUAUGCCCAGGCAGGGUCUUGCGCCUGUUCCUAAUGGUGUUGAUGUUGAUGAAUUUAUUAAUGUAAGGCUUCAUGAAGCCGAUAAUGAUCCCACAGCUCCACCAUAUGACUCUAUCCAGAUUUAUGGCUAUGAAGGAAGAGGUUCAGCUGCUGGUUCCCUUAGUUCAUUGGAGUCCUCUGCAUCAGACUCAGAUCAGAAUUUUGACUACCUCAGUGAAUGGGGUCCUCGCUUUAAAAGACUUGGAGAACUUUACUCAGUUGGAGAAAGUGACAAAGAAACUUGACAGUGGAUUACAAACUUUUUCACUGUUGACUUAACUAUCAUGUAAUAUUCUAGGGCCACUGCUGUUAGUUAAAACUAAUGUGGCUUUUUGUUUUAGAGGCAAGUUUAGCGCCAGUCAUCUAUAAAAUCAACUACAUUGUAAUGUUGAACCAAAUAAAAAAGUAUAUGUUAGGAGGUUAAGUCUUGUGGAGUGUGAAGUAAAGUAUGUGGAGUGUCUAGAAGUCUUUGGAUAUUUGAUAUUCACUUGACCACUCUGAAGAUGGAGAUUUAGAUCUUUGAUUAUCUUCAGUGAAUUGAAAAGAAUGAAUUGGUGCUUUCUUAGGAAAUGGACUUGCAGGGAUUUUGCUGUUGAACAGUAGCUCCUGCCAGUAUGUAUAAAGCUAAUGGUUUGUUUCUGCAUUGCCAACAAAGAUCCCGACUCAGAAAUGUUAAAAGCAAUAUCUUGGUCUUCUUAGCAAUGCUGAAUAGAAAUAGCAUUGUAAAUCCUUACUGGCUUCUACUGUGCAGUGACCAUGCAUUGUACAUACAGUAAUUGUUGGCCACGUAACCACAGACUGAAUAUCAUCUUUAAAUAUUGUGUCAAGCCUUAAAAUAUUCACAUGUUCUUAAUCCAUUCCAGUUAUGGGUAAUAAAUCCUACUCACGUGCAAAGAUUCAGAUGCAGGGGUCCAAAACCUUGCUUUACAAAAGGAGCUUUUUUUCUAAAAGAAGGAUCAAUCCUGUACUUCUGAAAGGAAAGAAAAAACUGUGAAAGGGGAUGGACUUACAUAUAUGAAAGAAUUACUGAUUUUAUUGCUAAAGAUCGAAUUUAUUUGUUUAAUCUUUGAAAUAAAUAUUUUAUUGGUGUCCAUUACUGCUUUUAUUUAUGAAGAUUGAUAAUCUAUAGAAUAAGAUUAUAAAGAAAACUAAAUUGUAUCAUUUAGAUUUUUUUCUAUAUAUCGUGAAUGUUUAAUACAUGUACAUUUUGAAAAGAAAAAUGACAAAUUGUUGUAGGUUAAAGCAGUAACCUCUCCAUUUGCAGUAGCAGAAUUUUAAGAGAUUGAUGGCAGGAAUAAAAUUUCCCAGAAAAAAAAACUUUUGACAGUUUUGUAUCUUCUUCAUAAAUCUAAUACCUGGUGUUUUUAAUACAAGCACAAACAGCUGGAAGUAAACUGGUUCAUGUGAAUAUUUAAACUAUAGACUUUUAGAAAUCCACACAUAACACAGUACAGUAAAAAAAAAAAACAUGCUUAUAGUUCUCCACUGUAUUAGAGCAGGAACCAGUGUGUACAUAAUUUUACUGCUUAUGUUAUUAGCAUUUCUUUUCUAUAAUAUUCAUAGUGAUGCACCAGGGCUCUUGCACACAGAGAAAGAACAGCACUAGAAGUUGCAAGCAUACUGAAUUUGUAAUGCAAACUUGCCAUUUAGAAGUAGCAAUUGUAUAAUAAAACUAUGUAUUACAUGCAAAUCAUUUUAAUUUUCUACUUUGUUUUGAUGCUAUAUUAUUGUUUGUUUAUUUACUCCAUGUAUUGUAUUCAGAGAAACUCCUGUAUUGUUUCCUACUUUGUGAAAUAUAUUUUUAUAAAUACUUUUCUUGUUAUUGCUUUUCUUUCAGUUCUACCUGUACACUGCAGAAAGGAAUCUGCUUGAAUAACUUCAUAGUCUGUGGAGGAAUGUAGUUUCUCCAAAAUCAUUUAUUUAUUAGAUGAAUACAGUCAAAAUAAAAAGGAGAA